AUGGGCGAAUUGUCCGACAAGCAGUCCAACACUUCUGCUCUGUCAUCUGGCCCAUCGCUGCUCUCGUCAUGUAUCCUGUAUUCAACAGACAGGGUCGCCCUGAUUGAUAUACCGACUUCAAUCGCUGAGGCCCAGCAAAGCUCUUCUCGACACCCGAUCUCAUCUCUAGUUUCGUGCAAUCCUCGAACCACUCCUUACCCAAACCAUGAACCAAAAUCGGAAGCUGCGCGUUCCAAAUUGCGCCAGAAGAUGGCCACUGAACAUGAUGAUUUGUAUGCACAAUUGAUCUCUUCUUCUCUGGCUACCAUCCGCCAGAACCACACCGGUCCUUGGUUGCUACCACGUACUGUUAUUUCGCAAGCAGAACAUCUGCCACCUAAGCGCAAGUUCAAUGACCCCGCGUCCGAUACCGAGUCAGCGAGGGAUGAUCUACUACACCAACUCUCAUCCGAUACCACAUGCUCAUAUACCUUCCGCUGGAGACAUAUGGAUGAUCAGCAGCGCGCGGCUGAACCCCUGCUUGAAACAUCCUCUUGGCCGAAGUACCUGUACAAUCCGUCGGAUGAUGCUCGUAUGCUUGACAUAGGAGUAUCCUCAACCUCGAUGGACACCGCUGCCAGCUUUUGCAUCCCGCCAGGGGCUGCCUUCUAUCUCGGCGAUUGCUCAAAAUCGCGCUCCUUCCAUCUGGCCGUUAAGCAUGUCGCCGAGCAACUCGACACAACGCGACAAUUUGACGUGAUUGUUAUGGAUCCUCCCUGGCCUAACGCUUCUGUCAGGCGCACAGAGAAGUCAGGAAGAUCAGCCUACCAAGUUUCCCCUACUGUCUGGGAUGUCAGGCAACUAAUCUUCGAGAUGGACAUUGAUGUUCUCCUGGCCAACCAAGGUGUGAUUGCCAUUUGGAUCACCAACAAACCAGCGGUCCGCGAUCUCGUACUUGGCGAAGACGGCCUAUUUGACAGUUGGGACGUGCGGCUGGAAGAAGAAUGGUUGUGGAUCAAGACAACAACCGAGGGUGAGCCCGUCUCAUCUAUGGAUGCUCUUUGGAGAAAACCGUACGAAGUGCUCCUUGUCGGGAGAAAACAUGACCCAAGAAGAAGUGAUCAACAUGUCAACUUAGCCGACACUUCCAAGGUCGAACGAAGAGUGAUAGUCGGUGUUGCUGAUCUGCAUUCUCGGAAGCCUUGCUUGAAAUCCCUGUUUAGACGGUUCGCGAUCAGCGCAACGUCAACAUCAACAAAACAGCGCAUUCUCGAGUGCUUUGCGAGAUAUCUUGUGAGUGGUUGGUGGUCGUGGGGCAACCAGGUGCUCAAGUUCAAUCAUACCGACUGUUGGCAAUCUAAAUCAUAG